UGCAGGUAAAUUUAAUUUGAAAAUUCCAAAAGUUAGACGUGAAAACCAAGAGAAGCCGUUGAAGAGAAAAAGAAGAAGAAUGGGUUUAGAUGGUGGUCUGUCCUGGGCAGAUCAAUGGGAUUACAACCCUGACCCCCCACCAUCGUCAUCGGAAAAUGAGAAGAAGAAGAACAAAGAUGGAUCUUCAGACAAGAGCAAAUUUAGGAAGACAAUCUUGGGCUUCAAGUGGAUGAAAGAAUUGCGAAAGAAAUCUGACAAAUCUUGAAAAAAAAAAAAUCUGUACUUUUGUUGCUUUUAAGCUUUGUGAAUGAGCAUAAAAAUCAUUCAGGGUUUCCCAAACCCCAUAUCCAAUGAAAUCUGAUACAGUUAUUAUUACAUUA